GACUUAUGAAGACUACAUGCGGUUAAAGUCGCGCUAAGUUGUCUCUUCAAGUGAAACAGACUAUAGUGUUCGUCUUUGGCUUACUUUUUUCCCCAUCCACCGCUGGCACGACCUUCUUCGUUUGUUCCGGUCCCCACUGUGUUCUUUACCAGGCGGCGCCAUGGCACAGACUCCACAGGGGCAGGUACCGAUCAUCCCGUCGGCGAUGCAUGUGAGGGAUGUUUUUAGUUCGUUCUUCGCGAGAAGAUCCGUGGGAAAUUCACCACACACAGUCUCUGCUACUGCUGGGGCCGCCGGGCCACUCCAGCUUCGUAGAGUCUGUGCUCCCGCGCGAACUGAUCAUCCCGAAAACUGGCGCAUGUUCAUGGGAGGCCAUGAUCCGGCCAGUCCGUUUGCUGAAGGUUUGAUCAAUGUACACAACCACAACGUUAUGUGGAUGAUCUUUAUUGUGAGCUGCGUCAUGUGGCCCCUCAAGUGCAGAAUUUAAACUGCGGUCCAAAGUCGUUGAUAAAAUCUGCAUAACACGCGUACGACUGUUUUCCCGUUCAAGAUGAAGCGGGGUGGACACCUCGGGAAGAGCGGAUGUUUUGGGCCCUUUUGUUGUGCACUGGAAAGUCCAGGACCGUGACAAAGACGUACAACUAUGCUCAAUUAGUGUCUUCAGCGAGUCAAGUGCUGACAAGCCUGCUCCGGAGCCGACUGCAUCAGUGACGGCGGCGUUGCUAGUGCCGUCCUCCAUGGUAACAUUGCUUUCACCCGUAGGCGACACGGAC